AUGUCGUUCGCGAAAACACGAAACCUUUCACACGAGGCUGAGCCUUAUGCCUUUUGGAAUUGUGUGCAGCAGUUGGGGGCCGUGAAGCGUGCGGCCAGUCAGACCCCAGUCAGCAAUGCAAGUCCAGGGCAACCCCUGCAGUAUCCAAUACAGAACAAUCUGGGCACCAACGUCAGACCAUGCUUUGCAGUGCCAGAUGCUGGUACGAAAAUCGGACUUGACAACGCUCUCACGGUCGAUCAUUUCCCCUUCGCCUUAGUCAAUGGCAUCCAACCCGAUUCGAGCCGAAAUUCCUGUCCUCUUUAUGGGCCAGAAGGACUGGUCCGAGGUAUUCAGUCUGGCUGCAGUGAUGACUACCUGGCUCAUGGGACCGGAAACGCGCAACGCAAUUACAGUGGAGCAAAUGCACCUUUCCGGAGCAUCCAGCCACACGAGGCAUAUGCCGGAUCAGGUGUUCCUCUCGGAAAUAUCAACUUUACCGCUGGGUAUGGCCCGACACAUACCGGUGGCUUCCAGCACAUGGAUAACAACCUUGAGAUGGCCAUGUCAUCUGGUAUCAGUCCACAACUUCCAGACAACGGCUUCCAACUCACGAGGGAAGAGCAUGGACAGGACUGGUACGCACCGUCUGGAUUCGAGUUGCAGGAUCUGGAGAACAUCAACUGGUCUGGUAAUUCCGGUAUGCGUGAUUUGAGGCAGCUCGCCCCCUCUACCAAGGGCUUAACGCCUCAGCCAGCCACCCCCAAUACGAACGUCCAUCGUUGCGACGUUCCGGGGUGCAACGCAACCUUUGGCCGUCCGGCUGAAUUCCGUCGCCACAAGCGCACUGUUCACAAGCGACUUGGGGCGCCUGAAUUCCAGUGCAUGGUACAAUCUUGCAGCUACACGUAUCCACGUCUCGACAAAGUGCGUGAGCACAUGAGGAGGGUGCAUGGAAUCCGCAUCCAGAUGGAAAAGGCUUGA